CCUUUAUGCUCCAUUGAAAUCCAUGCUUUGUCAAUUUCUCUGGGCUUCUACCAGUCCUGUAUAUAGUCCUAUGAACAAAAGUAAUUCUACCUUGUCUACACGACAGCCUUUGGCGAAGCAUAAACCCCGGAAAUUGAUCCGUGGCCGCCUAAAGCCCAGCGUUUACUCAAUAAACAAUAAAGGUCACAAAGGAAGCACAGCUCAUUAUGAGAUGAGCUGCCUGUGGACUGGCUGCCGGCCCCCUCCAUGGACUUUCAUCGCCUAUAAAUAUGGCCAGAUCUUUGCCAUUCAAAUUGGGUUGCAUCUCGGAUUCCAUUUCUACGAGUAAUCAACAAGAAAGCGGAGCAACAACAUAGACACAGAGACAGCACAGAAAGAAAAGAAAACGAGAGAGAUCCAACAGCCCAGUCUUGGACCAUAUCUUUCCGAAAGGGCUUAUAUGGAUAAUGUCUCCUACUAGGAGUGCAGCCAAGGGCGAAUUGGCUGGUUUCCAUGCUGGCUUGAAUCCUCGUCUAGCUCAAGACCUCCUCCAGAAGCACAAGUGGGGAGUCGCUCUCACUGCACUUCUGCGCGCACUGCAAGGCAUGAAGCUCCGGCCCAGGUAUCCCGGACCGCAGGAGAGUACCGAUUUCACUGGCGGCUACGCCUUCGGGGUCAUCCCACCGGCUGGGACCAGGACACUGCAAGGCGAGUGCUGGCUGUUAGAUCAGGCGUAUGCGGAGCGGAUCGCGGAAGUGGUCGGUGGCGACGACGGCGACGGCGACGACGACGACGACGGUCGUAAUGCACGGAUCAAGCGCCGCAUCAUGUGGGACAGCCGACAGGCCUUUGACCACUGGCUGACCUCGUCGCCGGCGACGGAUCAGAAGACCGAGAAUGCCUUCUUCCAUAUCUCGGGUCGGCCCAAGUCCGGUAAGUCCCAACUGAUCCGCGAGAUCUUCUUUCAAAAGCCGUCCGACGAGAUCCGCCAGCGACUGCAGUUAGAGUGGUGCUCCUCCCCGGCGAAGAAGAAGAAGAAGAAGGAGAAGAAGCUGGUCAUGGGGUGCGCUUCCUUUUAUGAUUACAGCGAGGAGUUUGGCCCCGACGGACUCAAGACUAUGAUGCGCGGGAUUCUUUGGGCGUUGAUCCAAGCCGAUGAGCAGCUGGCCCCGCUGCUGUUUCCGCUCAGGUAUGAGUAUGAGGAGGACGAGGAGCCUGAAACGAAGCCAAGACGCCCCUCGAGGUCGAAGGUUUUGAAGAAGCUCGCUCGUGCAGCCACUCCUAGACGCUGUUGGAAGAAGAAGAAGAAUAAGAGGCGGCCGCAGCAGGGAAAGGACGACGACGAUGAGGCGAAAGGGGAAGAAGAGAUCGAGCAUAGGGCAACACCGAAAGCACUUCCUCUGCCCACAUGGCCUCUGUUUAGUCUGGAAGAUAGUGAGUUGUUUGUGGCGUGGAAUCGCCUGAGUGCAUCCAACAAGAUAUGGGCAGACCGCAAGAUCUUUCUUCUGCUCGACGGGAUAAACCGAUUCGAUGAAGGGGAACACGGGCAGAUGUUGACCGCGCUGAAAGACUGGGUGCGAGCCAGGCCAGGGCAUGUCAAGAUCUGCAUCACCAGCCGCGGUGAGGCGGCGUUUCAAGAAGCCUUGGAGUCGCAGCCUGGUUUCACCCUGCAUGAUGCGAACUUUUUGGACCAGCUGUGGUAUACUCGACACCGGCUUACCACAUCAUGUUACUCUCGGCUUCCUUACACCACGGAUUUCACGCCAGCCGAACGAGUUAGGAUAGAGUAUGACCUGGUGAGAUUGGCUGGCGGUAAUGAUCAAAAGCUGUGCACGAUGGUGCGCUUGUUGGAGCAGGCAUUCCGCGAAAGAAUUCCUAAAGACUGGAUAUAUUUGCGACUGGAACACAUUACUGGGAGGCCUGGCCAGUGCCUGCAAUAG